UAGCUCAUGGUUCAAAAUUUUCAAUUUUCAGCAUCCCGCCCGUCGCCUCCCAUGUCCCCCUUCGCUUCGGCUAUUUCCUCUCCCCGCUAGAGCCCCUGGCACCACAGGCCCAACUACCUGAAACCCUGGAGAUUUACCCAAAGGUUUAUCGCUCGAUUCGAUGUGGUAGUCGCAUCAUAGGGGUCCGAGGCGCCCAGAUCGGAGAACGAGCGGAGCAAAUCAUCUGGUGAAGCUCUAGGACCAAAGGUUGGAGCUGGGGCAAGAUUUGCACCAUCUCUAGAUGCCUGAAAUGAGGGACGGGAAGAGGUUGCCCCUCUCCGACCUCUCGGGUGGAGGUGGAGGGUUCUUUAUCAGGAGGGUGGCCUCGCCGGGAGCCCGGGCGGUUCGGGGCGCCGGGAAGCCAUUGGCGCGCCGGUUCAUAUCGCCCUCGAACAACAAGGAGAACGUACCGCCGGUUUGGGCCGUGAGGGCUACGCCGCCAAAGAGGAGGAGCCCGCUUCCUGAUUGGUAUCCGAGGACGCCGCUCCGUGACAUCACGGCAAUUGCAAAGGCUAUUCAGAGAAACCGUUUAAGGAUCGCUGCAGCUCAGCAGCAAAGCCAAAGGCCUGAGCAAUCUCUGCAAUCUGUGAACCUGGCUACUCCAGCACAAACAGAGGACAUUCCUCACAGCACUGAAGCUUCCCCGGCUGUUGCCUCUGGUUCCGGCUCAACUGAAAGAGAAAAUGUUGCGAGCCCUGCAACUAUCUUGGCUGAGGACAAUCUGAAGGUGUUUUCCUCGCCAGCAGAAAGCUCAUCGAAGACUCCAUCCAAACCAAUCGAUCCAGCCCUUGCUGAUAUUGUCGAGAGGAAAUUGUCCAGCUCAAUAGAGCAGAUAGAGAAGAUGGCGAAGAAGAACAUGAAGCGAACACCGAAGGCUGCUGAACCUUCCAAGAGGGUCAUCCAGAGUCGCACUCUCAUGUCCAUGCGAUGAGUUGACUGCUCUACUUCACAGUGGGGAGAGGAGAAAGUCCAUCUCAGACUUGUCCUCCUUCCCCUUGUCUGCUGCUUUCUUAGCCGCCAGCCUAACCAGCCAAGUUGCUGCUGCUCUUCUGUUGUCUUCCCUUCAACCCUGGCAUGGUGCCCAGUUUUGUCUUGCUUGUUCAUAUGGGUCUCCAUGGUUCUCUCCUUGAGAACCAACGAUCAUGGCUAAGGGACAUUUUCUCUCUGUUUGAGGACCUAGGAUUAACAGCUGCUUGUCAGGUAUGCCGUCAUAGACAAUUGUUCGUGCUACUGCAGUAGAAGUACGCAGGCUUCUAUGUAUUCUAGUGGGUAGCACUUAGCAGAACAAAUGAACUCUGUAGAAGUUCCUUCUUUGUGCUGUAAUAUGAAUUAGUUGCAUAUGAACAAUUUCAGUUUUUUGCAACUCAGGUACUCUUAUGUUAUAAUAUUGCAGAAUCAGAAUACCCAUGCAUGA